CGGGCGUCCGCGGGAGCGCACUGACCCUUCAGCGCGGAAUGGAGUCCUCUGCGGCGGACCAGGGGGGUGCUGGGGUGUGCAGGGUGGGAGAGGCAGGAGCCGAGGGCGCCAGGCUGAGGAGGAGGAGGAGGACGGUACCGUCAGCUUCGAUUUAAUUCCUCAACCGGCCGCCUUUACGCAGGGCGGAGAGGUACGGUAGCUCUGCCGCCUGGCAGUAUAAUCCGCUUGCCGGGAGGAGCAGGGAAAGCCCUGUCCAGACUGAGGCAGGGAGAGAGGGAGGGAGAGUUUUAAGUCGGACCCGGAUAGAGAGAGAGUUGACAGGAGUGCUUGGUCAUAUUUCAAGCUUUUGUCCUGCCGCUUCAAAACCUCAAUUAAGUGGCUGACAGAGACUCUGAGGGGGAUCAUUCAAGCUGUUCCACUCCACACCAUGAGUGGACCAACAAAUGUUCAGUACCAGUCGGGUCUUUAUGGGGGAAACAACAACAGCAGCUCUCCGCUCUCCAGCCAUGGGAAUUCGCGCAUCGUGUGUGAGCGCUGUGGGGAGGUUUGUCGGGGGGAGGUGGUGCGCGUCAAGAACACGCACUUCCAUGUAAACUGCUUCACCUGUCAAGUGUGUGGCUGUGACUUGGUGCACUCGGGUUUCUUCCACCACUCUGGAGAGUACAUCUGUACCGAGGACUACCAGCGGCUCUACGGGACCCAGUGUGACAGCUGCGACCAGUACAUCACUGGAGAGGUGGUAUCUGCCCUGGGGAGGACAUACCACCCACACUGCUUUGUCUGCAGCAUCUGCAGGGGCCCGUUCCCUAUUGGCGACAGGGUGACCUUCUGUGGGAAGAAGUGUGUGUGUCAGCAGUGCUCACACUCUCUGAACAGCGACAAGCCUGUCAAGGUCCACGGACCAAGCUACUGUGCAGGCUGUGGCGAGGAGAUCAAACAGGGUCAGUCUCUGCUGGCUCUGGAGAGACAGUGGCACGUCAGUUGUUUUAAAUGCCGAACAUGUGGCUGUGCACUCACUGGAGAGUACAUCAGCAAGGAUGGGAUACCAUACUGUGAGACUGACUACCACACCCAGUUUGGGAUCAGGUGUGAGAGCUGUAACAGGUACAUCAGCGGCAGAGUACUUGAGGCUGGAGGGAAGCACUACCACCCCAGCUGUGCCAGGUGUGCCCGCUGUCACAUGAUGUUCCUGGAAGGAGAGGAAAUGUACCUUACAGGUUCAGAAGUUUGGCAUCCCAUGUGUAAAGAAGCAGCUCGGCUGGAGAGAAAACUGAGGCUGAGACGUACCUCUGAGACAGCAUCCAUCUCUCCUCCGGGCUCCUCCCCUCUCCUCGGCUCUCCUCACCGGCUAAUCUGUUCUAAGGCUGACGCUGAUGCUUUGGACUAUAAGCAGCUGGCGGCUCUGCCCAGGGUCAAAGCCAUAUAUGACAUCCAGCGGCCUGACAUCAUCCCUUAUCAGGCCGAACAUGCGCACACACACCUCUCAGUUGACACUCUGGAGCGAUACAGCUGUGGACAGUCGUUGGGUUCCCUAUCACCGUACUCUCACGAUGUUUUGGACGCUGUGGAGUUGAGAACGAGGCGUUCCUCCAGCUCUGCCUUCACUGACUCGCCUGCACACAGUCGCCAGGGAGGUUCCCCACUGCAUUAUUAUCUCCCCGGCAGUGAGAGUGGCAGGAGUUCACCCUAUUACAGUCAGCCAGAGCCCAGGUGUGCCACACCCACCACCACCACCACCACCUUCCAAGCCCCCAAGCAUUUCCAUGUGCCAGCUUCUGAAGAGACCAACAUCUACAGGAAACCCCCCAUCUAUAAGAGACAAGACAUCUCUGCCUCUCCGUCAGCCAAUAAGAGUAAGACCAAUGACAAUCUCUUCAAUUCCAGUCGCCUUUCCCCCUCCAACUGUAACAGCAUUUAUCACCCAGGCUCCAAUUACUACCCAUAUACUGGUUCUCCAAAAGUCUCCAGAGUGAGGAGGUUUUCAGCUGGAGGAGAGGAGGAUGGAUGGAAUCACAAUAUCAACAGGGGAAUUGGCAGGAUGAUCUUGAAGGAGGAGAUGAAGGCGCGGUCAGGUUGUCACGACAAUGACCAGUGGGGGAGCAGACGCAGUUCCCGCUGUAGCAGCAAGGAGGCGCUGAACAAUCUGGGAUACAGCUCCCUCAAUGACUCUCCCAGAUCCGUCUACAGCGCAGAAAGCGACUCAUGCGUUGCUAAAUCGGCCUCGUUGCCAGGCUAUGGCAGAAACGGACUAAACAGGCCUGGGAGUGCGGGUGCAGAUUAUUACCAGUAUGACAGCAGUAAUGCAGUUAAUUGGCAGAUCAGAGAGUACAAGAUCUACCCGUAUGAGGCCCUGAUGGUGUCAGUCAGAGGGCAGCAGCAUCUCCCAAGUGACGUGGACCGAGCCAGACUGGAGCGUCACCUCUCACCAGAGGAAUUCUACAAAGUCUUCGGCAUGUCCAUGUCUGCCUUUGACCGUCUUGCUCAGUGGAAAAAGAACGAACUUAAGAAACAGGUCCGACUGUUUUGAGAAAAUGAAUUCACCAGGACCGUCUGACCCAGUGCAGGUCUACUGCCAAGAGUGUGCUUUGAAAAGUAGUAUCCAUAAAGGCCUACUGACUCUGGCCUACUGGCCCAGAAUGACAUUGUGUUUCAGUGGAAGAGGAACUGGCUGAAGUGAAAAAAGUCUCUCUCCCCUUGAGGUGGCAGGAGCAGAACUGUUUGACCCACCACAGGACUCCUGCUCUUGGCAUGCUUUAAACUGGUGUGUACUUGGACCUCUUAAACAAUAUGUAUGAAGUCAGCCAACUGGCCAAAAUGGGUGAAUUAGAGGAAGGCGAACUGGAAGGAGGGCAUAAAGGCUUCCAGAGACAGCACCUAAGCCACACUCGGGCUGAAAACAGACAGGUCGAUGAGGAGAGGGAGGAGCCGGCUGCUUCUCCCUCCCCUACCAGCAGAUGGCGGUGUGUUAACAUGAGCACAGGGGUGGCAGUCUGAAACCACCAGGUAGACUGUCAGCUGGGGUGCUUCGAAACCAUGCAGAGGUUCUGACACUCUGAGCCAAACUGCCAAAAGUGAAGGAGGUAGUUUGGGGAAAGAGGCUGCCUUGAAGACAGACCAGCAAGUUGUUGAAGGCAAAACGGAUCCAGUUUAAGUCACACACAUAAACAUCAUCCACAGUGGCUCGUAAGCCGACAGGACAGGGAGACGAGAAAAGUGUGAAGGUUACUGAGCAUGAUGUAUGGUGUUUUUAUAAUGUGCUAAUACUCAAAGCAAAGGUUUUUUUCUUUUUUUUUAAUGACUGGCAUGUGUUUGACUUUGAUAUUUGAAGCCAUAUCAGUGUUUAGAGUUCAUUUCAACGACAUGAGCAGACUGUAUAGUUCACUGAAGUGGUUUUUGAAACAUGAUGUGAUUGUAAGGUUAAUGUGAAUGAACUGUGUCUCACGGCUGUGAGCGCAGAGAUGUUAGUUAAGUUUAGAAAUCAGGUUUUAGUGCAAAACACACUUCAAAAUAAGAUAUUUGUCUCACUUAUUUUAUUCAAAGAAAUCUUUUUUUUGUCAGUUCAUACUUGCAGUUGCGCAUGAAGCAGCUCAGAUUUUCAGAUGCUGGAUUACGAUUAAAUCAGACUGAAUCGUGUGUGUGUGUGUGUGUGUGUGUGUGUGUGUGUGUGUGUGUGUGUGUGUG